AUGCCAUCGGUACUCUCUCCUCCUUCUAAAUCAUACGCCCCACUGGCGGACGAAGUGAAUCCAUCUUUCGGAAACAUCGCCCCAGCACCUACAGUCACUCGAAAUGGCACAAUAGUCUAUUCAAAGAGGAUACCAUCUUCAAUGAGUAACGUUUCAUCGAACGAUUCGGAGGACUUAGAGCGAGUGGGUGGACAUCUGAAUAAUGGCUCAGAAGAGACACUCUCUGCAAGCUCUAGUCGGAAGGGGAAAGAGAGGGAGGUCGACGAAGAUCCUGAGAAUCUGGCACGUUUUGCUGCAAAAGACAUGGCUCGUAGAAGAGCGGCCAGAGAAUCACGCCAGAUGGCACCGCCUGAAUCGCCUUCAUCGUCUACCACUUCUUUCUCUCGUCGACCGUUCUCAGUGCUUAGUACAAAAGCAAAUAGGAAUAGUAUUAUGGGUUUAAUGGAAGGAAUAUGGCCAGGAUCGCCAAGGCAGAACGAAGACCCGAGCUUUUCCCCUGUACCGAAAAUGGUGAUAUCUCCAACCUCUCCCGACGGUCCAUCUCCUUUCUCAGACCCACCACCGCCCGCUCCUAUUGCCGGAUCUGCUCAUCGCCGCUCAUCAAGCACUGGAUCGCCAUUGGCUUCCCCUACCGAUGGAGUAGGAUUUGCCUAUAGCGGCCCAACUUGGCGAGGCGGGCAAGCAGUUCAGCAGCAAGAAGAAGAACCUCCUGGACCAGAAAAGUGGUGGCAUGCUCUCUGCGCCUGGGGAUCUGAUCUCGAUGGUGGUUACGAUACAAACCAACGGGGAGGCCAAGUAGGCAGGACAAAUCCAUUUGAAUAG